UUGUUUUAUAUUUAUAAUUUUUUAUUUUUACAGAUGAGAGUGAGUGAGGGGGUCUGAGUCUUAGAGAGUGGUAUACGCGCUCUUAUCGAAGCUCUGCAACUUCUUCUUCUUCUUCUUCUUCAAUCUUCAGACAUGGUUAUCCCUUCUCCAGUAAGGCCUCCAAGGAUCACACAAUUUCUAAAACCCUACGUUCUGAGGAUGCAUUUUACUAAUAAGUAUGUGAGUGCCCAGGUGAUCCACACGCCAACUGCUACCGUGGCCUCUUCUGCUAGCUCACAGGAGAAAGCAUUGAGAUCAAGCUUGGAAAUUAAGCGUGAUGUGGCUGCGGCUGCAAAGAUCGGAAAGUUACUAGCCGAACGCCUCUUGCUUAAGGACAUUGCUGCUGUUUCUGUUCAUUUGAAGAGAGAACAGAAGUAUCAUGGGAAGGUUAAGGCAGUUAUUGAUUCUCUCAGGGAUGCUGGCGUUAUGCUUCUUUGAGUUUAAGGUGGUUGUGUGUGUUUUAGUUGUACCCGAGUGAGUGACAUCAUCAUUGUUGGAACUUGUCUUUAAGGAGAAAAGAAAGAUGGUUGGAAAUUUCUGGUACUUUUGUAUUAUUUUAGUAGAAAAUAAUAACUAAAAAGUUAAACCAAUGUAAUAUCUUUUUAUUUUGGUAGUACCCUCAUAUCAAGAAGGUUCACAUUUUUUA